GACUCAAAUUACCCAAGAUUCCAUAUUUCAACAUGGUAUCAGUUUCAUAAAGUUUUUAUAGUAAUAGAACAAAGACAGUCAUAAAUCCAAGUCCCCACCCCCCCCCCUUUUUUUUCUAGACAAGGUCUCAUGGUGUGGUUCUGGCUGGCUUGUAACUCAUAGAGAUCCACCUGCUUCUGCCUCUUGAAUGCUGGAAUUAAAGGCUUGAGCCAGCAUUCAUUUUUUCCCCCACAGCAAUCUUAAGCUCCAUAAAAUCCAGCUGUAGUCUUAAGCUGGGGGUGGUGGCAAAUGUCUUUAAGCCCAGCACAUAGGAGGCAGAGGCAGCAAGACCUUUGUGAGGUCAGUUUGAGGUCAGCCAGGGCCACAUUAGUGAGUUUUUCGAGACAGGGUUUUUCUGUGUUGCCCUGGCUGUCCGGGACCCAGGCUGGGAUCUGCCUCCUAUGUACUGUGAUCACACCAUGUGCAUACACCACCAAGCAUGGCUUACACACAGUAGUCCUUAAUUUUAUUUUAUGUAUGUUUUCCUAAGUGCAUGUAUGUGUAUUACACGUGCACAGGUAGGCACAGAAGCCAAAUCUCCAUGGAAAUGGAUUUACAGAUGGUUGUGACGUAUCCAAUAUGGAUUGUGAGAACCAAACACAGGUCUUCUACAAGAGGAGAAAGUGGUCAUAACUGCUGAACCACCUCUCCAGUCACUCAAGGCAUUUUAAAAAUACACUGGGAGAAACGUUUGCUUGCUGGAUGGUGUUAAUGAAGAUCUUUAAUCUCGGCGCUUGGGAGGCAGAGGCUGGAGGAUCUCUGUGAGUUUGAGGCUAGCCUGGUCUAUAGAGCAAGUUCCAGACAGCCAGGACUACACAGAGAAACCCUGUCUCAAAAAACCAACCCAGGGGUUGGGGAUUUAGCUCAGUGGUAGAGUGCUUGCCUAGCAAGUGCAAGGCCCUGGGUUCGGUCCUCAGCUCCGGGGGAAAGGGGGGAAGGGGGAACAACCCAACCCAACCCAACUGAACCAUCUGCUUCACAGCUUAAAGGAGAGCAGUAAAGUCUGCUACAGGUCUCAGGGGUUACCUGCGCAGUCCCAGCUUCUGGGUCAGUAGAAGCUAAGGAUCUGUUUGUACAGCUCAAAAGGAUUUACAUUAGGUUACACACAGAGAUAGGCAAUAAAUUGUUGUUCAGGGGCUAAGACAGCAAGGAAAUUUGGCUCAGGGCCUGUUUAUUUCUACUUUCCACAGUUGAAAUUCUGGUCAGUCAAUCCAUCUUAUAGAAUGUUUAAUGCAGGUGUGGCUCCUUUUUUCUUCUUCUGGGGACUUUAGUUAACAUUGUACAAGAUCUUCAAUGGAGAUGGGUGAUCAGAUAUUGCUUUUGCUGACCCAGUAUUCAUUCUGCAGUCCCCAGAUCAAGGAGUAAUUUCCACUUGUGUUAGUUAAUAUUUUAUUUAUUAUGUAAUAUUGUGGUGCACACCUUUAAUCCCAGCACUUAGGAGGCAGAGGCAGGCAGAUCUCUGCAUGAGGCCAGCUUCUGUGAGUUCAAGAAAACCCUGUCUUGAAGCUCACUAAACCCCACCCCAAUUUUUUUUUUUACUAUUAUUUUUAUAUGACUUAAGCUAAUGUGGUGAGUCCUUUGAUUGGUGUAGACAAAGUAACUGAAAAUCUUCUGGAAGCAGUGCACCACUUUGUUGUGGAGUAUUACUUUAACAACAUAAAGGAGUUAUGUUUGCUUAUGCUGCAUUUAAUUAUGUAAAGAUGUGUUGCUGUUUCACUUGCUUGCCUAAGGUACCUGAUUGGUCUAAUAAAAACCUGAACGGCCAAUAGCUAGGAAGGAGAGGGAUAGUCAGGGCUAGCAGGCAGAGAGAAUACAUAGGAGGGAAAUCGAGGCUCCAGAGAGAAGAGGACGAGGGAGAAAGAGAGGGAGACAUUUGGGGCCAGAAGCCAGGCAGCUGCCAGCCAGCCAGCCAUGGAAUAGAACACACAGAAAGAAAAGUAAAAAGGCCCCAAGACAAAAUAUAGAUGAAAAGAAACAGGACAGCUUAAGUUAAAAGCGCUAGUGAGACAAGCAUAAGAUAAGACCAUACAUUCAUAACUAAUAUUAAGUCUCCAUGUCAUGAUUUGGGAGCUAGUUGGUGGACCAAAAGAAAGCCUGCUACACCACUCUAGAUGCCAUUAAGAAAUUGUGGGAUUCUUGGGAGGAGCUAAAACUAUUAUUAUGAGAAUUUGGAAGAUGUUAAUUCUAGUCUUCAUGUGUCAGUUUGAGGUUUCAAAACUUCAAUGUAGUCAGUAAACGCUGAUGUGGUCAAGUAGCAGGGGAGCUAGCAGUGGAGUCUAGGAUUGGACAGAAUUUCUACUAAUAGAUUAGCAAAGAAAGGGGUUUCUUUCUUUAAAAUUAAUUUAUACUUUUUGCCUCCCAUAAGCACAUAGGGAGUGGCACUAUUAGUAGAUGUGACCUUGUUGGAGGAAGUGUGCCACUGUGGGGGUGGGCUUUGAGGUCUCAUAUAUGUUCAAGAUAUGCCCAGUGUCUCAGACCACUUCCUGCUGCUUGUGGGACAAGAUGUAGGAGACUCAGCUCCUUCUCCAGCACCAUCUCUGCCUGCUCGUCACCAUGUUGCACCAUGAUAAUGGACUAAACUUGAGAACGUAAGACACCCCAAUCGAAUGUUUUUCCUUUGUAAGAGUUGUCAUGGUGUCUCUUUACAACAAUAGAAACCCUAACCAAGACAUCACUAUCAUAAAGGUGGGUUUCUCAGGGCAAGUUUCAUUCAUUGUAGUCUGGAUGUGCUGAACCCUACGAUUUCUCCCAAUGUAGAAAAUUUGACUAUAUAAGUUGUGGCAGUGGGGACUGCAUUUGUACUGUCCCUUACAAAAAAUAAAAUACUUUUAAAAUUACAUUUAAGUAUUAUUUUUUGGGGGUGGGGUGGGGGAAACGGGCACAUCCACAUGCCAUGGUACACAUGUGGCAGUCGGAGGACAACUCACAGGCAUCAGUUCUCCUCUUCUACCAUGUGGGACAUGGGGAUCAAACUCAGGCCAUCAGGCUUGGUGGCAUGAACCUUUACCUGCUGAACCACCUCACUAUCUGUUGUUUAGCAGUUUCUUCCGUGAUUUGAUUUCAAAUGGGGCAGUUCAUUCAGACACAGGAUGUUUACAGGGAGCUGAAACAAUAAGAUGGAGGUGAAACUCCAUCCUGCAGGGAAGUUUAUUAAUCUCAGGAAGGAAACAACUCAAAUAGCCUCAGGAAGUCCCUUAAACCAGUAAGAUUCACUAGGCUCCUCCCUCCCCAAAUGUGUAGAUAAGCAGCAGAGACUACUGAGAGACAUUCUUAGACAAGACAAGCUGCCUAGAACAGAGGUUCUCAGCUUGUGGGUUGAGACCAUCUGAGACACCUCUCAGUAGCAAAAUUACAGUUAUGAAGUAGCAACAAAAAUUAAUGUUUGGUUGGGGAUUCCUUCUUCCUUUUAUUUUUUAUUUUUAGCCUGGUGUGAUCGGACACGGGACGGUCUGGGAAUUGAAUCCAGGUCCUCUGGAACAUCAGUCAGUGCUCUUAACCGCUGAGCCAUUUCUCUCCUCUCAUGGUUGGGGAUUCCUAAGACCACUGGAAAUAUGUAUUUUCUGAGGGUCACAACCCACAGGUUGAGAAAUGCUGGCCUAGGAGAAUCCCAGACAAGGAACAUUGCUUAGAAGAAGCAGAGACCGGCCAAGCUGCCUGGAAGACAUUUAGAACAACUGAACUACCUGGAAAGGACAUUCUCCAAGCUGUUGAGUGGCCUACAGUCUCUGCAGUGUGCCCCAGGCUUCCAGCUUUUGUGAACUGUCUCCCAUGGUGGGGUGGGAUUUUGGUAAUAUAGCUCUCUUUGAGUUAUUUCUGGUCCUGUAAAUAACUCUAAUUAAAUUCUGAUGUUCAUCAACUUGGACUUUGGUGGUAUCCUUAUUUUGUUCUGCCAUUGUUCCUCAUCUGGUGAGUAGACAUUUGUUCAUGUCUGUCCCCAGGAAUAGUCACACAACAUCAUCCCAGAAAGCAGUUUCUUAAAAUGGAUUCUGUUUCUGGUGAAGAUGCUAAAAACACUACCAAAAUGACAACUAAGGAUUCAGAAUAUUAGAUAAUCUGUUGUCAGUGCUUUCCUUGGUCAUUGUGAUCAAAUACAGGACAAGAGGCAAAUUAACGGAGGUAAGGUUUAUUUGGGGCACAUCUUGGCACGCAAGGCAUGGUAGUGGGAGUCACUCUUGGCUGCAGCAGAAGUAUGAGGCUACUGGCUCAGGUCUAAGCAGAUCAGGAAGCAGACACGACAGGAAGCAGGGCUGGGCUAUAAAUAUGAAGGCUUGCUCCACCCCCUCAACCAGCACUUCCUCUAGCUAAGCCCUGCCUUCUAAAUGUUCUGUAACAUCUCAAAACAGCAUACUAGCUGGGGACCGAGUGCUCAAACAUCUGAACUUGUGGGGAGCAUUUUACACCCAAAACUCAGUACUUGCUAAAGCAGCAGCAAGGUUCUACUGUGAGCAAAAUGCUAUCAGAGAGUAUCGCAUGUUACAGGAUGGGGAGGUGGCUCUGUGGGUAAAGUGCUUGCUGUGAAAACACGAGGACCUGGGUUUGGAUACCCGCAUAUAACACUGAGUCCAACCCAGAAUUCCAGGUAAGGACUUCCAGACCCAUUCUGCCUACUCACCUGCCUAACAGCCACACGAAGCGCACUGUGCUGCCCAGUGUGCAUAGAGUUUAACACAGAUCUCCAUUCCACCCAUCUGCCUACUAACCAUGAUGCUCCAUUACUGUAUGAAAGAUGACCUGGUACUCCAGGUGUAGAUCCCCAGAGCCGGUUUGCUACCAUACCUACAUCAAGAUACCUCGGGACCAUGUGACAUGUUGUGUGUCUGACCCAAGAUAAAGACUCCAGUGUGGUCUCUACUCAACCCACCCCCCGUUGGAGGAAGUUGUGGCAUCUUGUGCCCCACAACCAAAGAGCACUGCCCACUUCAAAUGUGACCCCACCCCCUGCCACCCAAAGACCACCUGCAGAAGCCAGCAAGCCCUCUACAGACUUGAUGAUCAGCAGUACGAACCUUAUAAGCCUACAGAAGGGGGCUGGAGAGAUGGCUCAGCAGUUAAGAGCACUGGCUGUUCUUCCAGAGGACCAAGGUUCAAGUUCCAGCACCCACGUAGUGGCUCACAACCAUCUAUAACUCCAGUUCCAAGGGAUCUGACACCCUCUUCUGGCCUCCUCUGGUCUUUCCAGGCACUAGGCAUGCACAGAGACUUACAUGCAUGCAAAACACCCAUAUAUAUGGAAGAACAUGAGAUAUUCUUUUACUAAUAACAGUUCUCACUAUAAAGCACACACAAAAAAAUUAGAUUUGGCAUCUUCUGAAAACUUGAUCCUUCUGACUCUCUUCAUGCCUCUAGAGCAGCAUUACAAAAAUGAUCUGAAAGGUUGGGAUGUAGCUUGGUUAACAGAGACCCAGUCCUGGAUGUGAGCCACAGCACCACCACAUGUAGUGGUGUACACCUGUUAUCUGCCUGGGAGGUGGGGACUAGAAGACCAGGAAUUGAAGGCCAUUCUUAGUUACAUAGAGGCCAGUCUUAGCUACACAAUACCCUUCCUUAAAAAAACAAACAAACAAAUGCAGGGCAGUGGAGGCACACGCCUUUAAUCUCAUCACUCAGGAGGCAGAGGCAGGAGGAUCUCUGUGAGUUUGAGGCCAGCCAGGUCUACAAAGUGAAUUCCAGGAAAGCCAAGGUUGUUACUAGAGAAACCCUAUCUCAAAACAAAACAAAAAACCCAAAACCAAACCAAAACAAAUAACCAAACAAAUAAAAAGAGAUACAUUUAUAAAACAAAAAUUACUGGAAAAGGGGAAUUAAAAAAACAGCCAAGAGCCAGGCAUGGUUGUGCACUCCUUUAAUCCCAGCACUGGGGAGGCAGAGGCAGGUGGAUCUCUGUUUGAGGCCAGCUUAGUCUACAGAGUUCCAGGACAGCCAAAGAAACUGUCUAGAAAAACCAAAAAGCCAUGCAACAAUACAGCUCUGGAUGGUACAUUUACAGAUAUUAAUCUGCGUUCCAUGCUUGUAAAUGCUUACUCUUUUUUAAAUGUCUUGGCUCGUAACCAAGCGAAGGGUCUGCAGACUGACACUAACUAAUGAAUUAGACUUUUGGUGGCAUUGUUCUAGAAUAAUCAAAGCUAAACUGAACCUCAUAAAGUCAAAACAAUGGUAGGAAGCAUUGGUCUUAGUCAGGAGUCACCGGAUGGCCACCUAGUGGCCUCUUUCUAGCCUUAAACAUAAUGCUGGCCCCCAAACCACUCAUGGGUCAGUGUUUCUAGGGUCAAAUUCACAAUCCUUUAGCUUAGCAUUCAAGGCUUUCUGGCCUAGUCUCAAACUUUUUUUGGUAGUGCUAUGGAUACUCAGGGCUUUGCUAACAGCAGGCAGGCACUCUAUUGCUCAGCUAUAUUCUCAGCCUUCAGAACAACUUUUCUUCCUUCUUUUUUUUUUUUUUUUUGAGAUAGGGCCUAUCUACAUAGUCCUGGCUGUCCUGGAAUUCACAAUGUAGACUAGGCUGUCCUGAAACUUGAAGAGAUCCGACUGCCUCUGCCUCUCAAGUGUUACGAUUAUCCAACUGAAAUCUGCUUAACGGAGAAAUUUAUUUUUAAGACUUUAACUUCAGCGAACAGUUAAAAGAAGCAUGGCUUAAUGUCUUAGACCAAGUGGACAGGUAAAUCAACUUUUUAACAGUACAUCUGAUGAAAUCAGGUAUUGAGACAUGCUUUAAAUAUAACUCACACACUAGAUUUCAAAUAGUGAGAAAAUGAAUGUAAAACACUAAAUUAGCUGGGUGUUGGUGGCCCACGCCUUUAAUCCUAACGCUCGGGAGGCAGAGCCAGAUAGACCUCUGUGAGUUCGAGGCCAGCCUGGCCUACAUAUCGAGAUCCAGGACAGGCACCAAAACUACAGAGAAACUGUCUCGAAAAACAAACAAACAAAAUUAAACUCUAUUUUAUAUCACAUAUAAUACUGGCAUUAUCUUUAAAUAAGACAUUAAUUUCACAUUUUUAAUGCAACUACUACAAAAUUAUACGUAGCUUAUCUUUCUACCUGAUGUUGGUAGCUUAGGCAACCAUACUCAAAGCUUAGAUACCGCUAUUGAUUCUUCUUUCCCUCACUCCACACUUAAUGACUUAAUGUCUCUUAGCAGGAUCCAUCUGCUUUCUCCAUCUCUACCGCCAUGGCCACGCCACUCCAUUCCCUUCGGCUAUCAAUGACCUCAUCUUCCCAAAGUGGCAGUUAUUUCCCACCAUCCCUCCUUUCUGACCUCCCAUCCCACCAAUUUCACAAACUGCCCUAACUUCUUCGCAGUCAGGGCCUAGCUCAGAUCAAACCGCAGGUGAGCCCACCUCUGACCCAGUGCCAGUACUUAGUCCGCUUUCUCACUUGGAGAACUACUUUAUCCAGUUACAAGUCGCCUGCUCCCCCUCCCCGCCCCUUUUCCAUUGUGAAACUAUUAUGGGACAUUAUCUCUCUUUGUUUUAAAUCUUUAGUCUUCCCUUCAUGCUCUUUGUUGCUACUUUUAUCUUUUCUAGCACACAGAACAGUGUCAGGCAGAGUGGGCGCUCCAACAAAGUGCUGAAUGAAUACAGCUCACUGUUGAUUAGACAGGCUCAGCUUUACGUGGUCAAAGAGGCGUCGCCUUUCCCAGCACACACUCCUCUCUGCUUCUACUCCCAGUGAACACAUUACCAUCCUUCAGGCACUCCUCUGACACACUUGACAGUCACCUUUGACAUCUCUUUCAGACAGUCUCUCAUCCAGUCAAGCAAAUUCUCCAAAUUCUCAACAAGCAGUUGUGAUUUUUCUUCAUUUCUACUUGUGACUACCUCAACCCAAGGCAUUAUGGCCUUCCAAAUUACUAUUUCUCAUGCCUUGGACAUUUUUUGCUGAAUAGUUACAUGACCAGUCAAAAACAUCAAUUCAUUCAUUCAUUCAUUCAUUCACAGGACACUUGAGGCUGUCACUAACCCUCUACAGGUACAUCUCUGGGAAUGCUUAGAAUGAUGUCUUUUUUACUUUGCUUGUCUCUUAAACCUUUGCAUUAUUGUUCCUUUGGCUGGAGGGCCUUCACCAAUUCCCUUACUAACGUGAAUUUGAUUCUUCCUUCCCACGUUAGUGUGUGUGUGAGAUCUCCCUCCAAAAUCACCCCAAAUCCGGCAGCUUUUCUGCCAUUGCAAUCACUGAUGAUGGAUACUCGUUUAUAACCUAUAGCACAAUGAAGGCAAGACUUCUGCGGCAAUCAUUAACUAAAUAUUUACUCCAAAUGUUAUGGGAAGGUGUGACUAUUUAAAAAAAAACAUAACAGCUGGAGAUAUUGGCCAAACCUUUAAUCCCUCCAACUGGGAGGCAGAGGCAGGUGGAUCUUUGUUGAGUUUGAGCUCAGCCAGGUCAACAUUUUGAGUUCUAGGACAGCCAGAGCUUUUACACAGUGAGGCUUUGUCUCAAAAGAAAAACAAAACAAAAACUACAAAAAACCCAAAACAAUAAAGUAUUAAAUCAAAAGAAAAAAAAAACUAUUGCCCCCCACAUAGUGCUUGCUAUGCUUUAUUAGUUAAGUCACACUGACUACAAACUUUCACCAUGUUAGUAAAAAGGGCAAGUGGAGACACAAUGAUUACGUAUUUGAGGGCACGGACGGACGGACGGACACACACACAGAACAAUUUGGAUCUCAUUUAAGCCUUUUUGCUCUUAGGAUAAAUUGCCGGAGGUGUUUCAGAUAUUCCCAUUCCUAGAUGCCGGAUGCCUAAAGUUCCACGGGUAGCGAACUUCCCUGGUGAACAUACCAAAGCGUAACUUUGGAAAUCUCGUGUAAGUUAAAAUUUAUGAGGCUUUUUCUUCACAAAAUCACCAUCUCCCAAUAAAUUUUUGGUACAUUCAAAAUGAAACUCAACGCCGGGCGAAGUAGCGCACGACUUUAAUGUCAGCAAUCCGGAGGCAGAGGCAGGGGGAUCUCUGUUGAGUUCGAGGCCACCCUGGUAUACAAAUUGAGUUCUAGGACAGCCAAGGCUGUUACAGAGAAACUCUGUCUCGAGGAAAAAAAAAAAAAUCUUGAUAUUGCAGGCACGGAGAAAAGACAAACAAACAAACAGCCGGGCGGUGGUGGCGCACGCCUUUAAUCCCAGCACUCGGGAGGCAGAGCCAGGUGGAUCUCUGUGAGUUCGAGGCCAGCCUGGUCUACAGAUCGAGAUCCAUGACAGGCACUUAAAACAACACAGAGAAACCCUGUCUCGAAAAGCCAAAACAAAAAAACCACCCAACAAAAACCGCAGAAUCAUCCUCAUCACACACGACCAGUUUACGCCAGGUGAAGAGGACACAUCUUUUGUUCCUGCACUGACACCUCACACAGCGACUCCGGGUCUACCUUCCACUUAAAGGUAAAUCCUAGGUUCCUAGUGGCCCUUCCGCCUGCCGGGAACCUGCUACGAUACCCCACGGGCAAGUUUAACCUCCAAACGUCCCGCAGUCCCCGCGUUUCACGUGCCACGCCGGGGAGAAAGGACGCUUAGCACACGCACCCCAGUUCCCACACAUGCCGCCCCACGGCUCGGCGCGAACACCCGGCCGCGCACAUGGCCACCGCAGCGCUCACCCCCGCUGCCGCGCAGGCGCCGGGCGAGCCGGGACUUGCGGUCGCCCAGUGGAUCAUUCCGCCGCAGCCUUUGUGUGGCCGAAGGCUAGAAAUGGCUUAUUUCCUUUCUCCCUGUUUAAAGUCAAAACCAGACCCCUUCGUCCCUUUCUCCCGCCGGGACGGGGCCGGGGGAGGGUAGCGGCAGGCCUGCUCCCGGGGGCAGUGGGGCGGAAACCGGCGCGGGCUGGCGAGGCCGCCGCAGGCAUGCUGGGAGCUCGCCCGCCGUGUCCCUCCGCGCCGACGGGGACUUUUCGGUGGGGAUUUUGGGCGCCGACCAGACGCGGCAUUUUCGGAAAAUAGCGCCCUGUGCAGCGAAGCGCUCUGUGUGUGGCGGGGCCGCGUCAGCCCUGCCGGCUCUGAGGCGCCGCGGUCCCCGCACCUCCUCCCGCUGCUCCCCCGCCGCCGCUCCCGAAGCUUUUCCAGAUGUCCCUGGUAGACUUGGGGAAGAAGCUUUUAGAAGCGGCACGAGCAGGUCAAGAUGACGAAGUUCGUAUUUUGAUGGCAAAUGGAGCUCCUUUCACUACCGACUGGCUGGGAACUUCUCCACUUCAUCUGGCCGCACAGUAUGGGCAUUACUCUACCACAGAGGUACUUCUCCGAGCCGGUGUAAGUAGGGAUGCCAGGACCAAAGUGGACCGGACACCACUGCACAUGGCGGCUUCUGAGGGCCAUGCCAGUAUAGUAGAGGUUUUGCUGAAGCAUGGUGCUGACGUCAAUGCAAAGGAUAUGUUAAAGAUGACAGCUCUGCAUUGGGCAACAGAACACAAUCAUCAAGAGGUGGUGGAACUUUUAAUCAAAUAUGGUGCUGAUGUCCACACGCAGAGUAAAUUUUGUAAAACUGCAUUUGAUAUUUCAAUAGACAAUGGAAAUGAAGAUUUAGCAGAGAUAUUACAGAUUGCUAUGCAGAACCAAAUCAACACCAACCCGGAGAGUCCUGACACUGUGACAAUACACACUGCCACACCACAGUUCAUCAUUGGACCUGGAGGGGUGGUGAACCUAACAGAUGAAACAGGAGUAUCUGCUGUCCAGUUUGGGAACUCCUCGACAUCAGUAUUAGCGACAUUAGCUGCCUUAGCUGAAGCGUCUGCCCCGUUGUCCAAUUCUUCAGAAACUCCAGUAGUGGCCACAGAGGAAGUGGUUACCGCAGAAUCUGUGGAUGGUGCAAUUCAGCAAGUAGUUAGCUCAGGGGGUCAGCAAGUCAUCACGAUAGUUACAGAUGGAAUCCAGCUGGGAAACUUGCACUCCAUUCCAACCAGUGGGAUGGGUCAGCCCAUCAUUGUGACCAUGCCUGAUGGACAGCAAGUAUUGACAGUACCAGCAACAGACAUUGCUGAAGAAACUGUAAUCAGUGAGGAGCCACCAGCUAAGAGACAGUGUAUGGAAAUAAUUGAGAACCGGGUGGAAUCUGCAGAAAUUGAAGAGAGAGAAGCACUUCAGAAACAGCUAGACGAGGCGAACCGGGAGGCGCAGAAGUACCGACAGCAGCUGCUCAAGAAGGAGCAGGAGGCGGAGGCCUACAGGCAGAAGCUGGAGGCCAUGACGCGCCUCCAGACCAACAAGGAAGCUGUCUAGCCGCCAUGAACACGUCUUUGAUUUUACCUUUUGUCCAGAAAGAAUGCAGUCUUGAACUGUACACAGUAAGGACACAGCUAUGGGAAUACCGGAUAAUAGAAAAUACUACGCAUUGAUAAUGGGACUUAAGCCAUGAGCUCUGAAUUCUUGUAAUAUAAAACUUUAGAACUUGUGAGAUGUAUUUAAAACUGAAUUCUGUAAAUAGUUUUUGGUUGUUUCUUUUUUUACAGUUACAAAUGAGUUGAUAAAGAUUGUUGAGGAGAUCCAAAAACCACAGUAAGGCACUGUUACAGGCAAUUCUUCUUGAUUUGGGUACAGACUUCAAUUCUCAGAAACAGAAGUUUUAAGGGUGGUGGUUGUUGAUUAGACCAAAUGUGUAAUAAUUAUGGUGGACUGAUGCUGGAAAUUACUCUUUGAAGAGAUUUCUCCCAGGAACUUUUGUACAGCUUUUAAGUUGUCUCAGGUUCUCUGAAAACAUUUUUUAGGAAGCAGAAAUUUUAUAUUUGUUCAAUUUCAGCUACAUGCAAGUAGAUUUACAUGUAUAUGAAGCAAAUAUUUUUAAAAUUUUGUUUGUACAUAUUCUGCAUGUUUUAUGAUUUUAAAAUGCAUCACUUGCUUAGAUAUGUUUCCCACAAAGACGAUGAAAGUUACCAAGAAAUAAAAAAGGCACUACUGUUGUUCUGUUGGUCACUGAAAGUAAGUAAGUUAGCAACUGGUUUUACUGGCAACCAUGACAAUGUUCUUGGAAGGAGCAGCUGGCGAGAGAACUUGAAUCUGCAAAAUCUAUGCUUUUUCAAAAAUUCCAUUGUGGGGACGUGAGACUGUAUUCUGUGCCUUCCAUCAUGAUUUCCACAUGAGCACUUUGAGGCGCUGGAUUUUAAGAUAAUGUUUUUGGCAAACUCAGUGCAUUUGGGUUUCUGAAAUAUUUCAUGGACUUAACUACUCCUCUCCCCACUCCCCACCCCCCGCCCAAGAAAUUAUUCUUAUGGAAAAUUGCUUUUGUAUGUAGAACAGGAACUUUUUGUACUCAGUGAUGCUAUAGUUAUGUCUAAUGUAACUUUCGCUAUUCCCUGGGAAGCUCCAGGUCUAUGUUGCAGCUCGGUCUCAUCACAAUGUUGUCCAUUCUACAGUGUGUGGACAUUUGACAGACUUCCAUUCUGUUUUGUAAAAUGUAACUUCAAGCUCUUUGGUUUUUUGUUUUAUUGCUUUAUGAAAAUGUUUAACCCCAAAACUACUCUAGAUUAUCUGUAUAAAGAACCAAUUACCUUCAAGACUGUACUCUGGCCUCUUUUUCUAUUUUACAAUUAAAUAACUUUCCACAUA